GCCAGCGCCAAGCGGCGGCGGAAGUGCGGGCGCGCGCGGGGCAGCCCGCCGCCCCCGGCGCCGCCCGCCGAGGAGGAGGAGGACAUGGCCGCCGAGCUGCCGGCCGACGUCAACCACAACGUCACCAGCACCGCCAACAUCAACGCCGCCGUGCUGCGGGACGACAGGUUCGGCUCGCAACCCAACUGCGCCUAUUACUACUUCCGGCACACGGACACGGACUCGGAUCGGCAGGACAACCUCCCUCUCGACGACGACCUCUCCGAGCACCCCGACGACGGCCACAACAACAACAACAGCUCUACCAUGGACACGUCUGACCCCUCCCGGAGGCACGGCACUUCCACCUCGGACACGGACGAGGAGUGGACGUACCAGCAGGGCAACGGCGGCGCCGUCAACGGCAACGAGGCCACCCGGGUCAACGGCAGCAUGCACAGCAGCCUGAACGGGAGCUUGAACGGCAGCAUGAACGACAGCCUCAACGUCGUCAACGGCAACGGAAGCGUUAAUGGGACUACCAACGGAAGCCAUAACGGGCACCUCAACGGGCACCUCAACGGGCACCUCAACGGGCAUCUCAACGGCCACCUCACCGGCAACCUGAGCGGAAGCCUCAACGGCAACCUCAACGGCAGGCACUACGAGAGUGCGGUGCCGAAGCUGUCCCCCGCGCGCAGCGAGAGCAUCCAGCGGCUGGUGCUCGGCGCCGAGGCGCUGGUGCGGCGCUGCGGCGCGCAGGCGGAGGCGCUGCCCCGCGCCGAGGAGGCCGCGCUGGUGGCGCCCGCGGGACCGCCGCUGCGCGCGCAGGCCGCCGCCAGGAGCUUCGAGCCGCUGCGGCUCGAGUCCACCGUCAGCUCCGGGCGGCAGCGCGCCGCCAAGCUGGCGAGGACCAAGCAGUGGCUCAGCGCGCAGCAGGGUCAGCCCCCUGACAGCUGCGACGCUAGCGGCGAGUACACCGAGGACUCUUCCGAGGAGGACCGCGCUUCCAUGUCCUCCGAGGACGCGCACAACUGCAGCGUGGCCACGUACCGGGAGAUCGCGCUGUCGACGGGGAUGUCGGCGGGCUCCACCGAGGCCAUCCUGGACACCCCCGUCAGCGAGCGCGCGCCGCGGCUGCACUCCGAGUGCCACUCUGCCAAGGUGACCCUGCGCCGCCCCCAUCACCGCGGCCUGCUGGCGAGCCGGCCCUGGAGCGUGUCCGGGCUGUCGCACCUGGCGGCCACGCUGCCCCGCGGCGCGCUGGCCGGGCUGGCUGAGCCGCUGGCACAGUUCUCCAUCUCCGAGUCGGCGCUGCACCGGCUGGCCGCGCCGCCGCCGCUGGCCUCGGGCGGGGAGGCCACCGAGCUGCGCGCGUCCUCGUCCACCGUGGAGGAGCACGCCCGCGAGGAGCUCACCCCCGGCUCGGGCUCCGCGGCGGGGUCGCUGCGGCGCAGGAAGCUGCGCUUCCGGAAGCGAACGCAGUCCCGGCGCUGCGACUCCGGCUCCGACGGCGUGGUGCCGCUGCCAGACUCACCGCUGACACCGGGCACCCCGCUGUCCUCGCCGGGCCGCCACCCGCUGACGCUCGUCAAGUCCGGCUCCUUCUCGGGGGCGGCCGCGGCCGACCCGCUGCGCCGCGCGUCCAGCAGCUCUGACGAGGAGGGGGCGGCGCUGGGCGCGGCCCUGGGCGCCGGCCUGCAGGCCGCGCCCGCGGCGCCCCUCGCCACCCCGGGGCUGCAGCCGCCCGUGUUCCGCCUCGGCCCCGAGGAGGGCACCAUCUCGGUGGCACCGCGCGUUCGCCGGCGGGCGGGGGCCCCGGGGGCCGGCGCGGGGGUGGCAGGUGUGCUGGGCAGCGACGUGGACAAGAUGAGCAUCCACAGCACCGAGCAAGCGUCCUGGGACAGCUACCAGGAAAAGUACCUGAGCGAGCCGUACAGCGAGGACCCGCCGGACCCAGAAGCUGCCCGCAGACUCCUGGAGUUCGGCGACGACUACCGGGCGUUCCUGGACAGCGACUGCGCGUCCUCCCUCAGCACCAACCCCAACGGGGGCUCGCCGGGUGGCUCGCCGCCUCACCGGCGUCGCGUGAGGCCUGGUCGGGAGGACGCGGACAGUGACUCCGACCUGGAGGAGCUCCGGCGACGGGUGGGCCAGUCACGAGCGCAGUACGAGCGCCACGGACAGGUCUUCGACGGCGACCUCACGGCCGCCACCAUUCUCAUCCUGGGGAGAGACUACGCGGACUUCUUCCAAACGUGCAGCGAAAAUAGUCGGUGCCUGAACGACAUCCUGGAGGACCAGGAGGUGCGGGCGAGACUAACGCCGCAGGAGCGCCGGGAUAUCGCUGGUCUGGCGCGCGGCUGGGGCUCGCUGCAGGGCCGCGCGGACAAGCUGCUCCGGAGGGACAUGGACGCGCUGCGGGACGAGCUGCUGCGGGUGCGCGGCGCGGCCCUGGGCGCCGAGCUGGGCGACAUGGACCAGCUGGACGAGCGCAUCAGCGCGGCCAAGGACGCGCUGGAGGCCGUGAAGGACCGGCGCCGGCAGCGCCUGGCCGCCCUCAACCUCGCCGUGCACCGCUGCGGCGUCCAGGCUCCGGGCCAACCCCCCGGCCAGCAGGGCACCCAGCUGCGCGACCAGCUCACCGAGCUCUACCGCCUCUACGACGACACCGAGGACAUGUUGCAGCAGCAGCUGCAGGAGCUGCAGCAGACGCGCGCCUCGUGGACGCAGUUCGAGCAGCACCUGCAGGAGCUGCGGCUGGCGCUGCGCCAGGACCAGGAGGCCCUGCAGCAGGUCGACCGCGCGCUGCAGUCCGGCGCCGUGUCCCCGGCGGUGGCGUCCUCGGUGCGGGAGGUGGCGCGGGCGCUGAGCGAGAAGCACGAGGGGCCGGCCGCCAGCAGCGCGACCAGCAGCGUCCCGGGCGAGCAGGUGAGUUGGAAAAGAAAGUUGAACCCGAAUUUAAAUUUACUUGAAUUAAGAGAAGCCUAUGAGUCUCUACAAUUUCGACUUGACUUACUGCAACACUUGAAAAACAAAGGCACUGAAGAACCUUUCCUGGGGCACUAA